AUGGGAAAGGAAAUAAUAUUAAAAGUUGCAGUGAUGGGUAUUACAAUAUUUGUGUUAUCCAUUUUGCACGUGACAAUGGCAGUGAAGAAGACAUACAUCGUUCAGAUGGCUGGAGACGAACGGCCAGAGUUUUUCCCCGAUCACUUCACGUGGUAUGCCUCGUCUCUGGCGUCGGUGUCAGAAUCGGCCAAGACGAGAUAUAUUUACGAGAAUGUGUUUGAUGGCUUCUCUACCAUGCUCACUUCUGAGGAGGCCGACCUCAUGAAGGGCCUUGAAGGGGUGAUAUCCGUCAUCCCAGAGACAAUCUACACCGUCCAGACAACCCGGACCCCUCUGUUUCUUGGUCUUGAAGAAUCGAGCCCACUCCUUCCGGAUCCCCAACAGGUGAGUGAAGUCAUUGUCGGGGUCGUGGACACGGGCGUGCGGCCCGAACACCCGAGCUUCAGAGACGAGGGGCUGAGACCCGUCUCAACAAGCUGGAGAGGGGGUUGUGAAGAGACAAUCGACUUCCCAAAAUCCAGCUGUAAUAAUAAAUUGAUUGGGGCGAGGUUGUUCGCGAAAGCGUACCUAGAUUAUCUCAAUCAAACAGGGGAAAAGGUGCCCGAUGAUGAUCCAAUAUCCCCGCUGGACUACUAUGGCCACGGGACCCACACCGCAAGCACUGCAGCCGGGUCUCCUGUCCGAGGCGCCAAUCUGUUUGGCUUCGCUGGCGGGACGGCACGGGGGAUGGCACCCACUGCUCGGGUUGCCUCAUACAAAGCCUGUUGGGAUUACGGGUGUUUUGGUGCCGACGUAUUGGCAGCCAUAGAGCGUGCCAUCUAUGAUGGCGUCCACGUGCUGUCGAUGUCGGUGGGUGAUGAUGGUGGCCUUGAUUAUGACAAGAAUUUGGUCGCGAUUGGAGCUUUUGCUGCGACUAGUAGGGGCAUCUUCGUUUCCUGCUCUGCAGGGAACGAAGGGCCCGACCCUUCCAGUUUGAUCCUCUUUGCACCGUGGGUAGUGACCGUCGGUGCAGGGACCAUUGACCGCGACUUCCCAGCGGAUGUCAUGCUCGGGGACAAGACAAAUUGCACCGGCAUCUCACUCUACAGCCGCCGCAAGCCACUGUCCGGUGGUCUCGUGUACGCUGCAAAUGUGAGCAACAAUGGCAGCAGUUUUUGCACUAACGGGACCCUCGCCAUGGAGAAAGUUAAAAAUAAGAUUGUGUUGUGUGACGGUGGGGUGAAUACCAGAAUUCAUAAGGCAGAGGUGGUCAAAGAAGCUGGGGGUUUAGGGAUGAUUGUGGCAGACGAUUACACAUCGCCAGACUCUUGCAUGGUGGCAGAUGCUUACAUGUCUCCGGGCACAAGGGUGGGCAAAAAGGCAGGGCGUGAGAUAAAAAGGUAUUUGCAGUCCCAUAGAUCUAAUGCCAAGGCCAGUAUUAUGUUUAGCGGGAAGGAUACGGUGGGCGUGAAGCCUUCCCCGAUGGUCCCAGCCUUCAGCUCUAGGGGACCCAACCCUAUCACCCCCGAAAUCCUAAAACCGGACCUCAUUGCACCCGGGGUGAACAUCCUAGCCGGAUGGGGCCCUGCAUUGGGUCCCUCGUUAGUAGGUAUCGACAAACGCAAAGUCCAAUUCAACAUAAUCACUGGCACGUCCAUGUCGUGCCCACACGUAAGCGGCCUGGCUGCUCUGCUAAAGGCGGCCCACCCUGACUGGAGCCCUGCCGCGAUUCGUUCGGCUCUCAUGACCACUGCUUACUCCACUUACGAGGACGGGAGCCCGUUGCUGGAUGGAGCCACCGGCAACGCGUCCAACCCGUUCGCUCAUGGUUCCGGGCAUGUCUCCCCUGUCACUGCCCUCAACCCAGGCCUAGUCUACAACCUAACCAAAAUCGAUUAUUUGAACUUCCUCUGUGCAAUAAAAUACAAUUCUUCUCAAAUCAAGGUCUUUGCAGGGAAAACAAAAUUCCGUUGCGAGCAAAGGAAGCUAUACAACGUCUACGACCUCAAUUACCCUUCCUUCGCAGCCACCAUCCCCCCAUCUGGAAAAUGUAAAACCAAAGUGGUUUUUAGGAGGACACUCACCAAUGUGGGAGAAAAUGGGACGACAUACCGAGUGUCUAUAUCUUCACCAACUCCGUCGGCCACGAUUUCUGUUACUCCUAAAACAUUGGUUUUCCACCAGAAAAACGAAGCAAAGUCCUACAAGCUGACGGUUGUAGCAGCCUAUAUGCCGCCCGGUACCAACGCGUUCGGCAGAAUCGAGUGGUCGGAUGGGAAUAAUGUGGUGGGGAGUCCAGUUGCUGUUAGUUGGAUCAACGCUACUCGGGAGUAA